GCUCCACACCUUAGAGAGGAGGGUUGUGAGUCAGUGUGUCGCGGGACGUGGUAGUGUGAGUGUUGAUGGCUGGGUCCCUCUCAGUGUAUACAUGUGUAACACAGUGUCAGCCUCCAUACAACGCUGCCUUCACCUAUGCCAUCACAACCACUCAUAUUAAACACCUUCAUGGCAGAAAAGACGGUUCUCACCUAUAUGUGGUUGCAGGAGUCGAGUCAUAGCUCCUGGCACGGUGCCUCGUAUAUCGCAUUUUGAAACAAUACAGUAUAACUCGUGGCAAGACAGUGGUUCGUAUAUCACAGACAUGAAGACGAUGGUGUUGUAAGGAGUGGGCGUGGAGGUGGGAAGAUGAGGGGUGGGCAUGGGUGGUGGUGGUGGGUGUGGGCAUGGGUGUGGGCUUGGGCGUUGUGGCGACGAGGGUGGGGCAGUGAUGGAGCAGUGAUCCCACCACGCUGGGUCAACACCACCCUCAACCCCUGUGCCAGGAAGUCCUGGCAGCUGCUAUACUGGCCCAGAGACAACUCUUGUCACAGAAUAUUUACACAGGGCCCUUGUGGAGAGACUCAGGAGUUCUACUAUGACCCCAGCCUGGGCAAGGGUGCCUGCAGGUGUCCCAGAGGCUCACUCCUCUACCCACGCACAGGCCUCUGCUAUCCACAGUUCUCCCAGGGCCCAUGCUCACCAAGACAGUACCUGGAUUUAGACAAGGAUGGGAGGAAGGGCCAAUGCUACGACUUCCUCAAGUGUCCCUUACGUCACGUGUACUGGCCCCGCACCAACACCUGUUAUGAGUACCAUACUCGUGGCCCCUGCCUCAAAGGAUACCUCAUCUAUGUCAACCCAAACACAGGUUUUCCUGAGUGUGGAUGUGAGCGUAACCUGAUGUUCAGCAAUUACUGGUCCCUCACUGGUUUGUGCUUUGAGUUGUUUAAGCGUGGACCAUGCCUGGAGGGUGCAAUCUUCCUUUACAAUGCUACAAAAGGAGCCACAGAAUGCAGCUGCAGCCCCUCUAUCAUUACCAAUUACCACAAUGAAAGUGAUGGUUGUUAUGAACUGAAUCAACAGGGUCCCUGCUUACCAGGACAAAUUUUAACCUUCGAACCCAAUGCCAUGAGUACCAAGUGUCAGUGCCGCAAAGAUCAUGGCCUCUGGCCACUCUCUGGCCACUGCUACCGACUGUACUCAAGGGGACCUUGUGAAAAGGGUCACUUCUUCACACCAACUACUAAUAAUUCAACAAACAUGGUUGGAGAAUGCCAAGUAUACCCUUGCACUGGUACCCACCGCUAUCAUUCUGCUGCAGAUUCAUGUUUUAGACUAGGAUGGCGUGCACCUUGUCCCGAGGGCCAACUUUUUAUCUAUGAUGAAGAAUCUCCACUACGUGGCAUGUGUGGUUGUACAUCUGAGCUAGUGGGCUUCUGGGCUGCAGAUGAGCAGUGUUAUGAGCUAGGAAGUCGUGGCCCGUGCCAACACUCACAAAUAUUGUCCUAUGAUAAAGCAACAGGCAGUGUCCUCUGUACAUGUGACAUGCGUAAAGGUUUCAUCACAUGGCAUGAUGGUCUCUGUUAUCGCUUAGAAACUAGAGGACCAUGCAGUGCAGGGCAGGUACUGGGAGUGAAGAAGUGGCGGCCAAUAACCCCUAUCUGUACAUCACUAACCUCCUCCUUAUUCCCAGAUAACCCUCUCAUCUUUAAGGAUGCUUCUUCUAGAGAAAGCACACCACAUCAACACCAUGAAAGCAACAGUGUGACAGCUUCUCGUGAUGAUAAUAUUUAUGCCUUAGGCACUCUAAAUGAAACUUUAACUAUUGACACUUCUAAUGCGUCAAAUUCACAAAAUGCAGAACCAGAGCCACAACUCAAAAUGGCAUCCGGCAACACUCAUCGAAGUGAGCGACAGCUGGAUGACCGUCCAAUGCCAACCAACAUAUACUCUUUGGGAGCAGUGGAUGACAUGUAUGAAACAAGUGACAAAAACAUGGAGUAUUACCCAGGUCGAUCUGGUCGAUCCAUGGCAGACACAGAAACAUGGGGUCUCUUGGAUGGCACAUACCCCAGGAGCCCCGAUGGUACUUACUACACUGGACGAUCAGACGGUGAGCGUUCACUGACCCCUUGGUGGGGUUCAAUCACUGCUGCUACAUAACAUGGAAUUCUGGUAUCACAGUCUAUCCACAUAAACAAUUGUAAAGUAAUAUAUUUCUUGAAGUGCUAAACCCGUGUUGGUCAUUCACCGCUGGUUUCUGACCAAUCAGAUGGUUGGCGAUCAUCACAGAGAGGGGGGAAGGGGACUCUCUUACCCAACAGGGCAUUGCCAUCACCACGGCCACUGAGACUCACCUGUGAUAAACUCAUCCACCGAGUGUAUGUGCUUCAUCAUUGAGCUACCAAAGCACUGAAUGGAGUAACACAUUCUUGUAUGUAUACUACAAUAUAAUGCAUUAGUAGCAAAAACUUAAAGCAUUUUGUUAAUGUCUAACUUUUUAAAUGUGACGGCUCCAAGACUGAAUAUAUUAUACAAUGCGAAUGAAAAAGUAUAUUUUGUCACCUCAUUAUGAAGAUGUAGGUUUGCUACUGUGAAAUUUUGUAUAUAUAAUACACAACUCUAAUAUAUAUAUAUGAAAAGAUUUAACAAAAUGCAAAGGAUUGUAAUGAAAUUCAAUUCCUGCAAUUUACUGAGAAAAAAUAAAAAAGCAAAUUGAUGAGAAAAUAAAUAUCAUGUAGUUGUACCCACACAAAGCAUAUGAAAUGCUUCUGUACUGCACAUUUAUUAGUAAAGUUCCUAGCCCAGAUAAUGGAUGAAAAACUAACAUUCAUUAUUGUACAUCUCUCGUGUGAUGUUUUAGGUAACGUUUGUACCAGUUGUCAUACCCAUGCGAUCAUUGCCUCACAGCAAGAGAGGUAACUUGUAGACUUUACUGUAACAUAAUACGUGGUAUUGUUGUGAUAUUCAUGGGGAAGUGAUAAACCUGUAGAGGUCAUACAGUGCCUUGGAAAUGGGAGGCAAGAAGGUUUGUUCCAAAGGAAGGAUAACUCAAUCCCCUUGGAUUAAGAGCCCUUCACCAGCAACAAGGCACUCCAUCCCCUUGGUAAGGAACACAACAUAAACACUCUAACAUGCCAAACAUAAUUACACCCAAAAUACAGUGGAACCUCAAAUAUCGAACUUUCUUCAUUCCAGACGGCUGUUCGAGCGUCGUUACUGAAUGAAUUUAUUCCAACCACGAAUAAUGUAAAUUAGAUUAGUUCAUUUCAGACUCUCAAAAAUACACUUAUAAAAGCACUUAAAAAAUACACUUACAUAAUUGGUCAAGUUGGGAGCAGUUCGAUAUUUGAGGUUCCACUGUACAUGAGUACUGUACUUGUAUUAUGUUCAUCAGGUUGGGCUUAAAAUUUAACUCUUGCUGUGAAAUUAAUCUCAAUACCUGUAACCUGGCAUAAGGCUAUAUUUCUUUGUUGACUUGCUUGGUCAACUAGGCUAUAGCCACUAGAACCCUACAGACAUCAUAACCUGGAUGAUCAGGCAUACAAUUGUAAGAAAUUGAUAUACAGAAUUAAGAUGAAGGUAUUUUUAAGUGAAUGCAAGACUGUGGCUUCCUCUUGCCACAACAGAGACUACAAGAUAUUGUUACUAUAAUGUGAGUGUGAUAGAGGGAACACGCUACCAAGAAACACACUGGACAUUCCACUAUACAUCAAUCUACUUUAGUCACCAGUAUGAAUUACAAAUUUUGUAAUUUGUUUUUAUUGUAUUUCAUAUACCAAGUUUGUAAUAUUUGUAAUAAAACAAAAAUAAUUAUUACACUCAAGUA